UGUAAGGCUCGUCUUCGGGUAUCGGAGAAGCGAUUGCCAUAAAGUUGUGGUCUUUGGGCGCGAAUGUAGUCAUCACUGGAAGGGAUGAGAAACGUAUCCAAGAAGUGGUUGACAAAUGCCAGACGCGGGACAAUCAGAGAGCGCUGGGAGUGAGCGCCGACUUAAUGGUGGACAAGGAUUGCGAGCAAUUGGUGGCAAAAACUAUCUUACAGUUUGGCAAACUUGAUAUACUGGUCAAUAACGCGUGCGCUGGCGAUGGUCAUUGUGAUCUGUUUGGUUCGCCCGGCUAUUUACAGUCGCACGAAACGCUUAUGAAGGCCAAAAUUGGCUCCUUUCAAGUGUUGACACAACUAGCGUUACCGCACCUGGAAUUGACCAAGGGCAAUAUUGUCAACAUAUCGAGCAUCGCUUCUAUGCUACCGAAUCCUGCAUUCAUGGUUCACUGUAUGGCCAAAAGCGCCAUGGACAUGUUUACCAAAUGUUUGGCCAUACAGCUAGGGCCAAAAGGCAUCCGGGUGAAUUCCGUAAACCCGGGCGCCACUCGGACCCCAGUCUUCGAGAGGAACGGCAGGACUGAAUUCUUGGACUUUCUGGUCAACUAUUGCCGCGAAAAGUAUCCGUUGGGCCGAAUCGGCGAACCGCAAGACAUGGCCGAAGCGGUGGCCUUCUUGGCCUCCGAGCGCAGCGCGUCGUUCAUCACUGGACUCAUUAUGCCUGUCGACGGCGGCGCUCUACUCGUGGCCCCCAAUCUAAUGAAUCUCAAUGGCUUAGAGGCAACUCCGGUGCCC